UCACUCGCACUUAUAUCCAAGAGUGCGCGAGGCAGGAGGCGGACUGAGGGCGUGAACGAAAGAGGAAGGGAGAACGGGAAAGCCACCAGAGCGCGGGACAGCACAGAGAGAGAAAGCCCUGUCAAUUGAAUUGAAAGAGAUAGGCCUGUCCAUCUAGAUUUCUCCAUCUCUAACCCACUCCUCAAUCUCACUUUCUCACGACUUUCGGGUCUGUCCGAUUGGUUAUCGAGGGUUUAUUCUCGUUAACGUGAUCCAUACCUGCCCCGAGUUUUUUUCCAGCUCCGAACCAUUCCGCCAUUCACCAGUGAUGUCCAAGAAACGACCGGCCGAAACGGGGCUACGGGUGUUACACCAGCAGGCUGUGGCUUCACCGGGCAACAUGGCUUGCCUUGCUCGUUUCUCACCGGAUUGUGCUGAAAUAGAAUGCAGCUAAUUUGGGUUAAACACAGAGUGAAGAGAUGUCGGUACCGUUGUUGAAGAUCGGUGUGGUGCUGAGCACCAUGGCGAUGAUCACUAACUGGAUGUCGCAGACGCUGCCCUCGCUGGUGGGGCUCAAUACCACCAAGAUCACCGCGGAGAGGGCAGGCUACCCGGACAGGAGCACUGGAGUGUUGCCAGCGAACCCAGAGGAGUCGUGGCAGGUGUACAGUUCAGCCCAGGACAGUGAGGGGAGGUGUGUCUGCACCGUGGUGGCACCGCAGCAGUCCAUGUGUUCACGAGAUGCCCGCACCAAACAGUUGAGGCAACUGCUCGAGAAGGUCCAGAACAUGACCCAGUCCAUCCAGGUGCUGGACCAGCGGACACAGAGAGACCUGCAGUACGUGGAGAAGAUGGAGGUGCAGCUGAGAGGUCUGGAGACCAAGUUCAGACAGGUGGAGGAGAACCACAAGCAGAACACUGCCAAGCAAUACAAGGCCAUAAAAGCGAAAAUGGAGGAGCUUAGGCCGUUGAUACCAGUGUUGGAGGAGUACAAGGCCGAUGCCAAAUUGGUAUUGCAGUUUAAGGAAGAGGUCCAGAACCUGACGUCAGUUCUAAGCGAGCUCCAGGAGGAGAUGGGAGCCUAUGACUACGAGGAACUCCACACCAGAGUGUCAAAUCUUGAGGAGAGACUCCGAGCAUGCAUGCAAAAAUUAGCAUGUGGGAAGUUGACGGGCAUCAGCGAUCCUGUCACCAUCAAGACGUCUGGAUCCAGGUUCGGAUCCUGGAUGACUGACCCUGCAGCACCGGAGGGAGAUACACGGGUGUGGUACAUGGAUGGUUACCACAACAACCGCUUUGUGCGGGAGUACAAGUCCAUGGCAGACUUCAUGACGACGGACAACUUCACGUCUCACCGCCUCCCCCACCCAUGGUCCGGUACAGGUCAGGUGGUCUACAACGGCUCCAUCUACUUCAACAAGUUCCAGAGCCACGUCAUCAUCAAGUUCGACUUCAAAACCUCCACCAUCAGCAAGUCCCGGCAGCUGGACAACGCCGGCUACAACAACAUGUAUCACUACGCCUGGGGCGGCCACUCUGACAUCGACCUCAUGGUGGACGAGGGCGGGCUGUGGGCCGUCUACGCCACGAAUCAGAACGCAGGGAACAUCGUGAUCAGCAAGCUGAAUCCCAGCACGCUGCAGAUCAUCAAGAGCUGGACCACCAACCACCCCAAGAGGAGCGCCGGCGAAGCCUUCAUGAUCUGCGGUACUCUCUAUGUUACCAACGGUUACUCUGGAGGGACCAAGGUGUACUACGCUUACAGCACUAACUCCUCCACGUACGAGUACAUAGACAUCGCCUUCCAGAACAAGUACUCCCAUAUCUCCAUGCUUGACUACAACCCUCGGGACCGUGCGCUCUACGCCUGGAACAACGGACACCAGGUUCUGUACAACGUCACACUGUUCCACGUCAUCAGCUCACAGGAACUGUAACCACAGAGGCAGGACUAUAUACAAUAUAAUAUAUACACACAAUAGAAAGAGAGAGAUCAUUCUAUAUAUGAACAUAUAUCUAUGGGAGACUUUAUGGAAAGAGUAUCAUAUAUAGUGUAUUUUAAAACUGUACUACGAGAGAUUAGAUUAAACGUGACUGGAACUGCAACAUAGAUGAAUGUGCACUAUCUAUUGGAAUUAAAAAGAUAACUUUUUGCUAAGAAGGAAAUAAACAUGAUACAUCUAGAGAUCAAAAUGAUAUAUUGGACUGAAAAGAACAGAUGCCAAAUAAACAUCACGCCUUUUUUAAUCAUGAAUAGUAACUAUCGUAGAAGAUUGUCUUGGUGGCUGUGUCUGUCUCUGGAUGGACUGUACCUCCUUCCUCCUUCCUGGACUUAUCUCAGGGUCAGGGAGGUCCUAGCAAUGGACUAUGGGAUUGGUUAUUAACUGUUUGCCAACCAGGACCCCCUGGCCCCUCAGACAGAGAGGGAGAACCUCGCCCCUCGAACAGAUAAGGGUAAAACAGAGGAGGACCUGGUCAAACGGUUAGAACUAGGACAUUAUUUGGAGAACUGUGGGAAGAUAUUAUGUCCAGAUGACCACUGAGCCUAUGACCACAGUCUGUCACACACACCUUUAUCCAUUCAGUAGCAAAUAAAGAAGUCUGUAAACAAGUAAACAGCAACAACAUCAACAUCCAUGAGAAGACCUGGGCCUGUAUUCACCAAGAGUCUCAGAGUAGGAGUGCUGAUCUAGGAUCAGGUCCCCUCUCUUAUGCGUUAUGUUUGAAGGGCAAAUCUGAUCCGAAAUCAGCACUCACUUUUUGAAUACAGUCCCUGAAAGCACUGACUGUUGGGGCGAACUGUUGUAUUGUACAAGAAGAAGGCCGGGAUUCAAUCAGAGCCGCAUAGUAACGCACUUGACAUUUAAAGGUAAAUUGACUGAGCCGACAUCUGCAGCGUUUCCAUAGAUGCAAUCUCCGCGAACUUUGCCUCUAAAAGCCGAAUUGUCGACUGCGCUAAGACGCGCCUAUUGGAUUGAAUCCCCGGUUGAAGACUUUCCUGUGUUUGUGACUCCGUGUGAAAAAGCCUUGAUUUGCAUGAGUGUUUUUUUUUACCAUUCUCGUCUGCUACCUUCUGAAUGUCGUUGUGCUGUAUUAUGCUGUACCUAUUGAAGAAGGGGAUGGGGUAAAGGGUUAGUGUAGGUACCUUUGGGAUUUCAGGGGAGGGGAGUUUCAAAGCUGUUUGCUUUUUCACUUGUUUGUUUAUAGAAUGUUUUUUUUCUUCCAAUCAGAUAAUUUUUUUUGGGGGGGGGGUAAUGUUCUUGUAUCACCCCUAACUGUUGGCACCGGCUUUGCUUCUCUGUUAGUUGGGACAUGCGUGGGAGAACCCUAGCUCAUAUCCAGUUGAUAUAUUUCAGAAGAUUAGAAAAUAAUAGAAUGUAUCACGUAAUAUAUCCAGGAGACUUGGGCUCAGUCCUAUGGCUUCAACCUAACCAUCAUCAGCCUACUGUUUGAAGUAUCCCUCUUAGUCGAGGGUAAUGAUGUUAAAUGUAUAUCUCCCCUCCCACCCACCAACAAAAGAAUAAUGCUGUUUAAAUGUAAAUCCCAUCGCAGAGGACAAUGGCUUUUCACUCUUUUUGCGCUUUUGCUGGACGUGUGUUGUACCUGAGAUGAGAUAGUUAAUGGUUUGUGUCAAUAAACAGAGAAUCUUUGUUCCGA